AUGGAUGCUUUUGUUAUUGUCAUUAUUAUAGUAUGUGCCGGUAUUGUUUUCCCGGCCCUUGUCUUAUGCUGUGUCCUCACCCACAGGGGAAAAAAGCCGUUAAAGUCUCAGCCUCGAGAUUUGGAAAUGAGUAAAAUCGGAAUAAAAGAUGGAGGCCUUGUUGUUUUGACAAGGAAUGUUUCCGCUUCAGCUGCCGUAGCUGCGGCUGUAACCACCGUAGAUUCUGCUGGUGGUGGCGAUUGUAACGGUUGUUGUUGUGGAGGUGGUGAUGAUGGUGGAGGAGAUGGUGGAGGCGGUUGUGGAGGUUGCGGUGGCUGUGGAGGUUAA